UUCAAGAGAAACUUUGUUCCCUCAGCUCGAUGCAUCCUGUUCCUCAUCAUCUGGCUGAUAACUGGAGGAAGGCACCACUUUUGGUUCCUGCCAAACCUCACUGCUGACGUGGGCUUCAUUGACUCCUUCAGGCCCCUGUACACACAUGAGUACAAAGGACCAAAAGCAGACUUAAAGAAGGAUGAGAAAUCUGAAACCAGAAAGCAGCAGAAGUCCGACAGUGAGGAAAAGUCAGACAGUGAGAAAAAGGAGGAGGAAGAAGGGAAAGGAGCUGCAGGAGACCAUGGACCAGAAGGCUCGGGUGGAGAGCGCCACUCAGAUACAGACAGUGACAGGCGGGAAGAUGACCGCUCCCAACACAGUAGUGGGAAUGGGAAUGAUUUUGAAAUGAUCACAAAAGAGGAACUGGAACAGCAGACAGAUGGGGAUUGUGAUGAGGAAGAUGACGACAAAGAUGGAGAAAUGCCUAAAUCUGCACAUGAAAAAUCAUAAUCUGAUUAGUUUGGGGACUGAAUAAGUACAGCAGGUUGGGUUUUCUGUGUUGGCCGAUCAUCAUGAUGUACAGAUGGCAUUUGUAGCAUUCUUUAAAUCCAUUUUCUGAAAUGUAUUUGACAUUCAGUUGCAGUCAGCCUUUUGUUUUGUAGAACAUUGGUACUAUUAUUGGUACAGUCUAAAGCCAUUAAUAAGUUUUAUCCAUCUGAUAAUUUUACAGUAAGUAGGCCUCAUUUUGAUAGCUAUCAGAGGUACAUUGUCCACAAUGACACUUAGAUGAAGGGCAUUUUUGAUAGUUGUAUGGCUGUUAGACUCAUGGAAAUUGUAAAGAAACUGCAGCAUUUCAGAUCAUGCAUAAGUAUAUAGCCAGUUCGCAGUUUCUUUGGGAUGACAUGCUUAAACUCAUUGUUCUUGCUAGUUAUCCUCUUUUCGGGGGCUUUUAGGUUUUUUGUUUGUUUGUUUUUUGUUUUUUCAUAAAAUUAUACCAGAAAAUUCCUUUUUUAAGGUUUUUGAGUUAGCAGGGAUCAAGAGCAUUUUGUGGAAACAAACCAGCUAGUAACAGUGCAGCAACCCUUUUAAUUCAGCUACAGAUUCUCCUUUUCCAGCGUAGGAAAUCCCAACUGACUUGUACGUUCAAUCCAGAGAAAGGUGGUCAUCUCCAGCAGAAGUGAGGAGCUCUGACUGGACAGUGAGGCUCUUCCUUCCUCCCCAUCUCCUUGUUAUAACAUAAAAUGUAUUCUGUACAUAAUUUACAAAUAAAACAUUUUAUUUUAAUUGUUACUUAUUAUUUAGACAUUUCUCAACACUUAAAUUUGUAAAACGAAAACCAUGUAAGGUAUGUUUUGAGAGAGUUUCAGUGACCCACAGAACGUCUGAUCUUUCUACAGCAGCUUCAGUUGUGUGCCAACAUUCCAUGUAUUUUAAUAUGAGUAAAAGUUACUCUUAGUAAGAACAGACUUACAGUAGCUGUUUGUACGCCUUAAUGUUCAUCUUGACUUACUUUAAAUCUUUACAUUUAGAAAUGGGGACUGUGCUAUCAGAUGAGGAGGCACUGCUGUGAAAGACAAUUUGCUGUUCUAAAAUACCAAUUAAAAAUAAAGGAUAUAAAAGAAAACAUAGCAAACCAUUGGACUCUAAUUGCUUUAAACUAGUUGGGCCAUUUUGUUUUUUACACACCGUUGUUACAAAAGCAGUCCUUGGCACCACCUUUUACACCGAUAGUGAGCAUUAAAUGAUUUUUUCUUCGGUCACAGAGAGGUUUUGCUUUGUAGUUAGCAGGUGAUGGAAUAUGUGGGUCUUUAUUUUCCUUUAGGCUGUUUCUCAGUGUUUGACUAAAGAUGACCUUUAAUUAUGAGAAAACCCGUUGUAUAUUGACAGCUUAUAAAAUACAGCUUGAUUGAUAGUCUCCCUGUGUGGAUGGAAUUGUAGGUGCAGUCUUGUCCUCAAAGCACUGUGCAUUGAUUGCAGUGCCUGGGUAUUGUUCCUUCACAUUUGCAGAGCCCUGCCGCCUCGUGUCCACAAUGAGGAAGAGAAUGAUUACAGCUUGUGAACUUGUUAGUCACUGGUAGAUUAAUACCUAUUGGGGGUAUGAAAAUGGAACAGUUUUAUAACAACAGAAUUGCUUGCUUAACCUUUACUAGUAUAGUACCCAGGCACUCAAUAUUUAUCUGCAAUUUCUUUAUAACAUAUGUCCUGUGUCUAGUCUAAAAAGUGAAGACUGCUAGCUACAAAGUCUACUUACUGAUAUGUGUGAAUUUCUGCAGAAUGCUAGUAAACUUUUCAUAAAUAUUUGCUGAUCUUUGGGGAGGGUAUUCUUACUGUAGUUAGGUAUGAACUAGAAAUUUCAGCUUAAUUUCUAUUGUAUGGUUCAAGGUUGAACACUUUAAACAGGUUUAAAAAUCAAAAUGCUUCCUCUGUCGUCUUCAGAGUCUUUGUUGGCUAACUAACUAUCCUGGAGUUCGAGUAUGGAAAAUUGUUUACAACAGCCAAUAGAGUGGUGA